AUGAAUUCACUUGUAAAAAAGAUAAUAUCAUUAGUAUUUCUGUUCUAUUUCCCAUCUUUAGUCUGGGCACAAGAUUACUAUAAAAUUCUUGGAGUCAAUAGAGAUGCGAAUGAAAAACAAAUUAAAUCUGCAUAUCGACAACUAUCUAAGAAAUGGCACCCUGAUAAGAACCCCAAUGACGAAGAAGCUCAUCACAAAUUCAUUGAAAUAGGUGAAGCGUAUGAAGUGUUAAGUGAUCCUGAAAAAAGAGCUGUAUUUGAUAAAUAUGGUGCAGAUGGGUUAAAAAACGGUGCCGGUGGCGGUGCUGGUGGCUUUCAAGGAGGAAAUAUGUUCCAUGACCCAUUUGAUAUCUUUGAACAAAUGUUUGGUGGUGCAGGAAAUGGUGCCCGUGGUGCACAAAGAAGACGCGGAAAUGAUUUGAUUGCAGAACAUCAUAUGCCAUUGAAGGAUUUUUAUUUAGGUAUUAAACAGGAUGUGACAUUAUCAUUGAAUGAUAUAUGUGACCAUUGUCAUGGUAGUGGGUCAGAAGAUGGGAAAGUGACAGUGUGUCCCGAUUGUCAAGGUCGUGGUGUACAGAUCCAGAUUAUACAAAUGGGUAUAAUGACACAACAAAUUCAAUCAAUGUGUGGUAGAUGUGGUGGUACAGGAAAAAUCAUUAAGAAUGUAUGUAAAGUAUGCAAGGGUGCAAAAGUGACUAAGAAAAACAAAGUCUUCCAUUUAAAGACAAAUGGUGGGAUUAAAAGAAAUCAUAAGGUUAGAAUGGAAGGCGAAGCUGAAAAAAGUCCAGAUUUUGAUACACCUGGUGAUUUAUAUUUCAUAUUCAAAGAAAAUGAAUUAAAUAACCUUGGCUAUAGAAGACGUGGAGAUGAUUUAUAUAGGACCGAAGUUAUUACUUUUAAUGAAUCAAUCUAUGGUGGAUGGGAAAGAACUAUUGAAUUUUUGAAUCCUCAAAAACAAGUUAAUCUAAAGAGAGAUGUUAAUAAGAUCACAUUAAAUGGUGAAAUUGAGAAAAUACCGAACUUUGGUAUGCCUCGUGAAGGUAAAAAAGGUUUUGGUGAUUUAUACGUUGAAUAUGCUGUUAUUGCACCGGCAUAUAAUAAAGCAGGAACCACAGACAAAAAGAAAAUUAAGGAUGAGCUAUAA